AGAUUUGUAUGUGUUGAAGUCUCCCACUUACUUCCCCAUGACUGUGGGGAUUCCAGCAGAGAUGCGUCAGGCAUGCACAUGGCCUGGAUGGGUCUGGCUCACGGGCUUGGGGACCAGUUUUACAAGGAAGCCAUUGAACAUUGCCGUAGUUAUAAUUCACGGCUGUGUGCAGAACGCAGUGUGCGGCUCCCCUUCCUGGACUCACAGACUGGGGUGGCUCAGAAUAACUGCUACAUCUGGAUGGAGAAGAGGCAUCGGGGCCCAGGCCUCGCUCCAGGCCAGCUGUAUACAUACCCUGCUCGCUGCUGGCGCAAGAAGAGACGAUUGCACCCUCCUGAGGAUCCAAAGUUGAGACUUCUGGAAAUCAAACCUGAAGUGGAGCUGCCACUGAAGAAGGAUGGGUUCACCUCGGAAAGCACCACACUGGAAGCUUUGCUGCGUGGCGAGGGUGUGGAGAAGAAGGUGGACACCAGAGAGGAGGAGAGCAUCCAGGAGAUCCAGAGAGUUUUGGAAAAUGAUGAAAAUGUAGACGAAGGGAAUGAAGAGGAGGAUCUAGAAGAGGAUAUUCCCAAGCGGAAGAAUAGGACCCGAGGACGGGCUCGUGGCUCUGCGGGUGGCAGGAGGAGGCAUGACGCUGCCUCUCAGGAAGACCACGACAAACCUUACGUCUGUGACAUCUGUGGCAAGCGCUACAAGAACCGGCCAGGACUAAGCUACCACUAUGCCCACACCCACCUGGCCAGCGAGGAGGGGGAUGAAGCCCAGGAUCAGGAGACGCGAUCUCCACCUAACCACAGAAACGAGAACCACAGACCCCAGAAAGGACCAGACGGGACGGUCAUUCCCAAUAACUACUGUGACUUCUGCUUGGGGGGCUCUAACAUGAAUAAGAAGAGUGGACGGCCCGAAGAGCUGGUGUCUUGUGCAGACUGUGGACGCUCUGGUCACCCGACCUGCCUGCAGUUCACUCUGAACAUGACCGAGGCUGUCAAGACCUACAAGUGGCAGUGCAUAGAAUGCAAAUCCUGCAUUCUCUGUGGGACCUCGGAGAAUGAUGACCAGCUACUCUUCUGUGAUGACUGUGACCGUGGCUAUCACAUGUACUGUUUAAAUCCCCCAGUGGCCGAGCCCCCAGAAGGAAGCUGGAGCUGCCACUUAUGCUGGGAGCUGCUCAAAGAGAAAGCCUCAGCCUUUGGCUGCCAGGCCUAGAGCCUCAAGUCACGGAAAGUGACUUGAUAUUGGAGAGGCUGAGCCAGAGCCCAGAUCAAACCAGAUGAAGCCCUCCUCCCACAUAUCCAGACAGACCAACUAUAUGGAAAAUGAAUACUCAGAAGGGUGUGGACACGUGGAACCAAGGGGGUGAGGUAUCUUCUUACCUCUUGCCCCACAGAUGGUACUUCAGCCAGCACCUCCUUGUUUCUACCAGAAGACUUGCACUUUUGAAGAACAACACCAGCCCCAACCCCAGCCCUGUGGAACUCCUCUCACUUUUACCUUAGUAUUACAACUUUCUCACUGGUUUCCAUUUUAAGGGAAGCCAUUUUAUGACCACUCAUCCAUCACUUGUGUGCAGUUUGGUAUUUUUUUUAACCUAUUGUGUUCUAAGACAUCUUUGCACAGCUUCUUCACCCCCAGUCUAGGCUCUUCAUCCUAGAUUUUUCACCAGAGGAACAAAGUGCCAUGGAGAAGUUGUUGCUUAUUUCAAGCCACUGGAAAAUUCUGGACUUGGAUCCCGGAGGCCAUCUUGAGGAUGGAGACUUGAAAACCCUUCUUGUUUCUUGAUCUUUGCAAAGAGGAAGAACCUUAACAGUGGCUUCUACAGCUGGGGUGGUCUUGAUUGACUGCAUUUUCACUUGAUAGGGAGUGGGGAGGUACUGGGAGAUGGGAAGAAACACUGAUAAAUAAUGUUAAGGCCUGCUAUAGCCAGGCAGUGUUUAUUAUUCAUGAGGAGAGACUUGGCAAGGGACUGGGCUUGUUCUUUACCCUUCAGAGCUGAGGAAUCCUUGAAGUGAAACAAACCACAGCCUAUGGACAAAGGAAAAUGUUCAAGACUGUAUCUCUGACUGAGCUGAUUGUACAGGCCUGGUUCAGGUUCUCAUGGUGGGAAUCAGGCACCAAUCAGGUGAGCAAAGGCUCCCACUCACAUGUCCAAGUGAUGGAUACAGGGAUCUCAGCUUUGAGAAACUCUUCAGUAUUGAUGUGACACUACGAAUUCCUUUUCCUAAGUAAUUUUCUUCCUCCACAUGAUGUAAGUUUGCUAUUGUCUACAGAGAUCUGACUGGAAAUUUUAGGAUGGAGGAUGGAUGAUUGUUACUUAAAUGGAUGGUUAGGGUAAAGUGAUUAUUUGUGAUAAGGUGGCAAUGAUUUUGAACCCUCAGCUUGUAGGCUGUUCUUAUCUCCUAAACUCCUCAUAUGAGCUGGACUCUUUCCUUUUCUUUGUUUCUGUUUUAAUCUUUCCAGAAGAAGGAGGUGGGGAGGUAUAGAUUCUGAGAACUCUGUUUUGGAGGACAGCUCUGCAGGCUGGAGUGGCUUGGACUGUCUUUGAAUCACAGCGACUGACACAUUUCUGGAAAACUCAUUUGCCCAAAGAGCAGGUCUCUGUGAGUGGGACCCAUGUGCAUGCUCAGCUUUCCUGAAAUCAGUUCCAUCUCUGUGGUCCAGCAGUGUACAACAAAGACCCGGGCUAUUUUUAGUCAUUUGGCUCCUGAAAAAGCCCCUGGAGACGCGAGCUAGUUGGGCCACUUUUGCCUGGCUGCAGUGUUGCUCUGUGAGUCGGUAGGAGCCAUCCAAUUGCUCUUGGCCAGUGGACCCAGGACAGCCCGGCACUGAGCCAAGCCACGUAGUUUUCCCCCUCUCCUCUGCAAAAUGACUGGUGGCAAAAGAAUGGGGGCCACUUGCCUGCAGGCCCCUUGGCCUCAGAGUGAGUUACACUCACAUGUAAUGAUUCGUUUUAAAGGGCCCCUGUCCAGAUGGAAUUUUCACCUUCCUCAUAAGCUAUUUUCUUCCUGAUAGUUGGUGAGCUGGUCUGGAUUCUGAAGGCCCAGAGCAGGGCUGGGAGGGUCAUUUUGGAGGGGGAUAUUUUAUUUCCUGACUGUCAUGUCUCACUGUCCUUCUACAAAACCCAAAGCAAUGUCUCCUCAAAGGCUGAUUAUUGGUUUGGAGAGUCAUUUAAAAUUGAUUACAAGAAAAGAAUUCCUAAAUAUUUCCGAAUGCCAUAGUGGCCUAAAAAGUUGAAAAGACAGAUCUGAAAUCAAGAAUGUGGCUUUACAACUUGACAGGUCCCCUUUUGGAGAAUGUGCAAACCCAUUCCCCAUGGAAAGGAAGAUGAUUGGUGUCUGCUCUCCCCACAGCCAUGUGUGUCCAGCUGAUGGAGCUGAGGGUGGACCGAGUCUCCUGAGCCAAGGCAGGGCACUGGAGCCUGCCUUCCAUCGCACAGCUGGUCUGGGCUCUGGGAUCACACAGGGUUCUGUUCUCCAUUUCAUUGCUCCCUGCAGAAUGGGAAAUAACGACCUUCUUGGUGGGCCUCAGUGUCCCCAUCCAGAAAAUGGGGAUAGCAGAGCAGCUUGUGGAAUGGCAUUGCUGGGGUUGUGCAAGCAGACUAAAGUGUCCACAGCCACAUGUAUCACCUUCUGCACUGGUAAAAGGCAGCUGUGGGUAAACUUCAGAUUGGUUUGUUUCUUUGAACCCCCAAGAAAGAGAUGGAAUCCUAAGGUACACAUGAAAGAUCAGGGUUUCCGUGCUGCCCUUGCCACUGAAUAACUGUGUGAUCAUGGGCAAGUCAUUUAACACCCCUAAAUUCACUUUGCUCCCCUGUAAAAUGGAGAUGGUAACACUUGCCCUGUCUCUUCCUGAGGGGAGUCUUAAAAAUAUUACAUGAGCAACCACUGCAGAGCACAGCCGAUCUGGGCAGAACUCCAAAUGCUUUUUCAUGUCUGCCUUCUCGUGUGACCGCCAAAUUAGAUGCCUUCUUGGGAUCUCCCUUAGACUCAAGGGGAUUUAUAUUUCAAGAGGCCAGGCUGCCUGUAGUUAUGGCCACUAGGCUAGGGCUGCGACCAAGGAGACUGAAUUUGCCCAGUCAUCUUGGGAGGUGGGAUUUACCAUGUGGCUGAGUGCUUCAGGGUGAAGAUACUCCAACUACUCCCUUCUACAAGAUUCCAGUGUGGAAUGGAAGGCUCCCUUCUAUAGAGGGCAGAAUCCAUUUCCCCUCAGGGGUCACACUCACUCUUAUCUUGCUUUAAAGCCUUGCUCUGCCUCGUUCUAACUGGUUGAACUUGGGAAAGUGACUUCCUCUCUCUGAGCCUCCUGGCCCACAUGCUCUGUUGCAACCAGGUGACUGCAGGGAUUAGAAUAAUGGUGGCGUUGGCCUGGUGUGAUGCUGGCCCCAUUCCCUAGUAGCUAUUGUCAUUUUACAAAGAGGUCAGUAAAUGAUGCUGUUGCCUCCAGCUCAAAUCUCUGGAAUAGCCAGGGGCCUCUGCUCCAGUUCAUUCCCUUGCUGGAGCUCCAGGCAGUCCAGAAAGGGGAGGCUGCAGGAACUGCUGGAAGAUGAAAUCUUGCUUCCUUCUUGACAUUUUUGAAACACUAAAUUCUGGGCCUGCAGUAAAUCCAGGGAAGGCUGCUUUGUGAGGAAAGAGAAGCAAGGUCCCUGUACAGAGAUUUAUCUUCCAGUCCUCCUUCUCCACCAGGCCCUGACUCUCAGCCCCGGAGGCAAGAGCCAGUGGGCCCCAAGGCUCUGCUGUUCUGUUGCUGCCAGGGAAGGUUGCAGAGCUGGGCUGCAGAGAGCAGCUGCGUCCUGUGGCUCAGGCUCAGACCCCCACGGGUAGGUGGGAGGGAGGCCAGGUUCCUUCAGAGCUGGGAAAGAUAACUGGUUUUGAUAGCAGGGGAGGGCCUGCAUUUCACAGUGCAGGUCUUGUGACACCCUGGGGAGUUUCACUUCUGGUGCAUUUCUUAUCUACAUGCUUUGAAUUCAGCAUGAUUUCUUCCAGCCCUCCCCUUAAAAAGUCCAGAUAUUUUAAGGAAGAAAAAUGACAUGAUUGUUAUUACUUUUCCUUUGGGGCCAAGUUUAGGAGACCUGUGCUCUUUUGUGUUGUUGAAGAAAGAUUACUGGCUACCUCAGGCUCCAGACUCAGAUAAAAGGGGCUGCCAGUCUCCUCUUGGAGUCCACGUGUGCUUGGCUGGUGGCCCAGGCAGGUCCUGAGGACCACCUUGCUUGCGCCUCCCCCCAAAGCUGGUUCCAGUUUGUUUCGGAAGUGCUGAGAUGAGGGUGCUUCCCUUUCCUCUCUCCCUCCCGAUGCCCAACCUUGGCCCCGCCUUAGAGAAUCACAGUGUCUCAGCUCAAGGGUGAAGUUGGCUCCCCGUGGCCAGAACCACAUUCUCUCUCUCCCUGAAGAGACCCUGAGUCCCAGGCCUAGCUCUUCUCAGGGGUAGGACAUCGGUGUCACCUUUAGUCCUUUAGUAGGCUGGCAUGCCUUGGUGUGCAGCGAGGAAGGCGACCUGGGAAGAAAGGUCAGUCCUGUCCCCUGUGUCUGGCUGAGUGACGUGACUCCCCCCACAUCCCACUGUGUUACUCUUUUUGGAAUCUUACUCCCACCCACAAAGGAUGCCUUUGGUUUUCAGAUGCCCAGUUACAUUAGUGUACCAGGCGAGGAAUGGGCAGGAUGGUAGGAGGCACAGACACUUUAAUUCACCUCAGUUUAAAAACAUCCUCAUUUAACCCUAACUGUUCUUGGGUCUUUCCAUCUGUCCUCCGAAGGUGGGCUCUGUACGUGUCUGAUUUGGGGCUCCCUCCCUCUUUCUGAGCAUUCCUAGGCUUUCAGUAUGUUUAUGAUUCUCUGCUGUGAGUGUAGAAACAGCAGUCUGGAUGGAGAGGUUCAGGGCCUUUGGGGCAGCUCGAUGGGGAGACUCAGAGAACUGGGAAUCCUUUUCUGAGGAGGCUGGAGAUCCUCAGGUCUUUAUGAGCAGAAGGAGGGGAGAGAGGGAGGCAAGUGCCAGUGGUUCGUCACCUGGACAGGGCAGGGUGAACAGAGUCCCCAGGUGAGCAGCUCAGCAGCUGUUCGCAGGAGGGUUUGGCUGCGGGGCUCCCUGGCCAUCCUUCUAGCCAGGCCGUGAAGAAAGACUCAGAGGCAUUGCCUUCAGGAAGCCUUGGCAGCAGUGGUGCUGGGGUCCCUGCCUGCCAGUUCCACACCAGGUGAGUUUCCCAGAAGGAGCAGGGAAGUCCCUAUGUGAGGAAAAAGGUUGAGAAGCAGGCAAAGUCCCAGUGAGAGCCCUUCUGGGUUCUGAGCUAACCCUGUCUGUGACCCUUCAGCUGAAUAAACUGAGGUGAUCCCCGGUGCUCCAAGAUGUGAGGGCUGUCAUAGGGCUAGAGGGCACUGGAAUGCCUGUUGGUUUAGUCUCUGUGCCCACUUCCCUCUCUUUCUUUGCUCCAGUGCCUGAUGGACAUUGUGCGGCCAGAGGCCUUGAAAGAAGGACAUUCCAUGGUUUCCCCUGCUUUGGCCUCACCGUGAAAAGGCAGUGUUUGUGCUGAUGGUGACAUUUUCCAGGGCAGACCAGAGGAAGGCAGCACUGGGACUGGCAGGCAGCCAGACCCCUCUUGGACUGAAAUUUAAUUACUAAUAAUGCCUUCUAGCCCAGGCAGUGGGCAAGAUGGCUGUCCAGGUCAGCACCAGCUCAGCCUGGCAAGUAAGUGCAGCAGUGGGCAGGAAGUGACCCUGGUAGGAAGUGGGGGUGCCAGGAGCCCCUGGGGCCUAUGUGUUCCCUCACCAACACAACCCUAUAAUCCCUGGGUUAAAUUUACACUUUCCACAUUUCCUCUGCUCAACUCUCUGCAUCAGUGUUGGUAUCCAUGAGAACAGAGGUGUGUACGCCGAGCAUGCACACCCCUGCUUGAUGACUCAAGGGAACUGUUGGUGUUGCCCCAGGGUGGGAGAUCCAGGAACUAUCAGAAAGACCUCUCUGUCCACACAGUCUUCAGCAGUCCAGCAGCUCAAGCGCUCAGCCCCUGCACAGCCACAGGAUAAAGGGGGCCUUGUGCUUAGAAAGCCAUUGGUUCCCCCAACUCUCUCCAUCUGACCUCUCACUUCUGCUUCUUCGCGAGAGAUACUUAGUAAUAGUUGAGGACUUGUAAAAAAUGUCACAAUUCUGCUGUCAAAGGGAUGCAAAGACUAAGGCUAGAAUAGGGGUUGGGGUUUUUUUUGUUGACUUCACCCUUUUAUGUUUAUUGCCCGCUAGACCUUUGUUUUCUUCUUCUCCUGCCUUUUCCUCCCUGCACCUUUCCCUUCCUUCCUUCCUGCCAAGCAGGAUGCUGAAGAGCAGGGCGGUGGUGGAACAAAACAGUAGCAUAAUCCAGGAAGAAGAAAAUAUACCGUGAGCCUUUUCAACAUGUAGUUGAAGAGGUCUAAAUUAGGGACUACAAAAAAAAAAAAAAAAAAA